CCGGAAGUGCAGUGACAGCUCUUGUCAAAAAUCCUUCAUCUCUUUCGUUCAAGUGCGAAACAAAGCUUGCCAAGAAGCUCUGGCUUUGGACAGACGAGCAGUACUGACACACCUACAGACAGCAAGACCUGACGGAGAGAGUCCAGCUGGCUAGUUAUGGCAGUUGCAAGCGGAACAGAUGUGCGAGGUACUUUGAUCUAGGGGUUUAAGAGGCAGCCGGCUUGACUGAUUAUUGGACCUUUCCUCCCUCAUACACCUCAUACCACCUCAUCCCACAUCUGGCUGCUGCCACUGCCCAACUCGGUGCUCUCAGCAUCGAUGCUGGCAAUGUCCAGAGUACCAAGUCCCCCACCACCGGCAGAAAUGUCCAGCAGUCCUGUGGCUGAGAGCUGGUGUUAUACUCAGUUCUCCUACAUGUGGACCAUCAACAACUUCAGCUUCUGUCGUGAGGAGAUGGGAGAGGUCAUCAAAAGCUCCACUUUUUCCUCAGGAGCCAAUGACAAACUCAAAUGGUGUUUGCGUGUGAAUCCUAAAGGUCUGGAUGAGGAAAGCAAAGACUAUUUAUCACUUUACCUCCUCUUGGUUAGCUGCCCAAAAAGUGAAGUGCGUGCCAAGUUUAAGUUUUCUAUCCUCAAUGCCAAGGGAGAGGAGACCAAAGCCAUGGAGAGCCAGAGGGCGUAUCGCUUUGUCCAGGGGAAGGACUGGGGUUUCAAGAAGUUCAUAAGGAGGGACUUCCUGUUGGAUGAGGCCAACGGUCUGCUGCCUGAUGACAAACUAACUCUUUUCUGUGAGGUGAGCGUAGUGCAAGACUCUGUGAAUAUCUCAGGCCAGAACACCAUGAACAUGGUGAGGGUUCCUGACUGCAGGCUGGCGGAAGAACUUGGAGAUCUGUGGGCAAGCUCCAGAUUCACUGACUGCUCCCUGUGUGUUGCUGGCCAGAAAUUCCAGGCACACAAAGCCAUAUUGGCAGCUCGCUCGCCGGUGUUCAGUGCCAUGUUUGAGCACGAGAUGGAAGAGAGUAAGAAGAACCGUGUGGAGAUAAAUGACGUGGAGCCAGAUGUCUUCAAAGAGAUGAUGUGCUUCAUCUACACAGGCAAGGCCCCCAACCUGGACAAGAUGGCUGAUGACCUGCUGGCUGCAGCUGACAAGUAUGCUCUGGAGAGGUUGAAGGUGAUGUGUGAGGACGCUCUUUGCACGAAUCUGUCUGUGGAGAAUGCCGCAGAGAUCCUUAUCCUGGCCGACCUGCACAGUGCAGAUCAGCUCAAGACGCAGGCUGUGGACUUCAUCAACUGUCACGCUGCUGAUGUGAUGGAGACAUCAGGAUGGAAAUCCAUGGUGAUCUCUCACCCACACCUGGUUGCGGAGGCCUAUCAUUCUCUGGCCUCGGCCCAGUGUCCCUUCCUGGGUCCCCCAAGAAAACGGCUGAAACAGUCCUAGUGGUCUGGAGCGAUUCUCCCGACCUAACCCUGCUUCUUCCUGUACCAGCAGCCUCACUGCUCCUCUCUCCCAAUCCUACUUUUGUACCUAUAGCAUCCCAAGAUGCCCACAACUGACGCCUAGGGCUUGGGUACAUAUAUAGCUAGGGCAGCUAUACAGCUGGGCAGCACAGAGAAUCAUUGGACUAAUGCUAUAGAGGAGGUACUACACAUCACUGUAAGAUGAACUGAGUGAAUACCAUAAGACCUGGACCUGGAUAUUUAAGGAUUGCAAGCCCAAAGCCUUGCUUAUUCCAUAUCCAUCAUCAAUGAUAUUGGAAGGCUACAACUCUAUCCUGCCUGUCAGGCACGUAAAGAACUGAUCUCCUGUCUGAAAGUGAAAAGUCAACGCUGAGUCCCUGAAAAUAUUUGUCUGUGACGUCUUGUCUUGUACAGUGUUGUAACCCAAACUGUGCUUGUGAAGAGACAAGUGAAGAGGAUCAACCAACAGGAAAGUGAAGGACUGUUGUUCCCAUUAUUGGAGACCUUAAUGGUGUUCAGUUUAUUGUUUUUCUGAGGCUUGAACAAUUGUCUUGAUAUUUUUUUUCCACGAAAGAGUACAAAUGUAAACUGUUUAACUGUUAAAAUCAGGCGGGCACGUUGAGAUGUUUAGCUCAGAUUUUGACUAAUUUCCGACUGGUGACAAACUUCUGCCAGAUUGUUGUCAUUUAGCAAGUAGCGUGAGGCGCAGUCGCUCUGUUUGAAUAACAACAUCGAUAACAGUACGGCUCUUGGACGACUGAGGACAUGACAGUAAUUUUACAAGAGUCCGAUCAAAGUAUUCACUAUAAUCUAUAGUGGGCAUAUAGUGGGCAAUCUUUUAAUAUCUAGUGGGCAGUGUUUUAAUAUAAUUGGCAUAGUAUUUGUUGUCUUGUGACAUUAACUGUGCUUCAAAGCUGACAGACCAUACAGCCACAGAGUAUCUGCUUUUUUUAUGUUGUCUUCUUAUUUUCCAUUCAUUGUCGAAUUGCACAAAAUAAUGCUUUUUUGACAUUUUUUUAAAAACACAUUAUUAUUCUAUUAUCCUAUUAUUUUGUUUUCUUAUUCGUUUCGACUGUGUUGGAAGUGUCACUUGAGAAAAUUGGCUGCUUAUUGUUACACUCCUGCUGGUGGUCAGUUGAUCCAUACGAUACAUAAGCAUAAAUGAAAUGUAAAGGAGAGCGCUGCCAGCUAACACAACAGAGAAGGUAUCUGCCAGUUUCAAAACAUGACAUGUUUUACAUUAACCUGUUGACCUCAGGCAAGAGAUACUUGCUUUUUAACCACGCAGUAACGUAAACAUCCGCUUGCAGUGAUAAUAUAACAUUUUAUGUGCUCGACUCCCUACUACACGUGUUAGUGGAGGAUUCCACCAGAGGGCCUCCAUAUUUGCAUGACCUAAAACAGUAAAUAUCAGGGCUGCCCAUUUCUUUUAAGAAGUUUAUUCUCAGUGGGACUUCAAUUGAUAAAGCUCUUGAUGUUUUUCGUCAUGUGACCACAAUGGGAAUUUGUCUCUCUGGCUAGAAUUGAACCAGCGACCUUUUGCUUGGCAAGCAAACCACUAAACUAUGGAGCCACCUCCAUCCAGAGCUGCAAAAUGAUCAGAGUUGUUUGUUCCUAUGUCUAAUUUACAUAUUCCUAAGAUGACACUGAUAAUGAAGUGUAGUUGUCUCAGUGCAGAGGCAACAGUACAUCAUAGAGAUGCCAGCAUGCCUAUACAGACUCUGGUUGAAACGCAUAUUUUUAUUUUUUGAUGACAUUCACAACUGAAGCUCCAAACACUCACCAUCAUGCGUAUAGUUAAAAUCAAGUAUAUCUCAUGCCUUAAUGUGUUCCCUUGACUUGUUCACCGUUUUGCCCUUUAAAACUGUAAAAUACAUAUAUUUUUGAAUUUU